AGCAGAUGUCGCAACUACAUCUUAUACCCUAUCAGUAAAAGGUAUUUAAACUGUGUGCAUCCUUUCAUGGUCAGACUAAACAACCAACUACCUACCCAAGGGACAAUAACUGCCCUGUACUCCAUUCCAUAAGAGAAGCCAAGAACAAUGUCUACUGCCAGCUAUACCAUCCGACCCGUCCAGGCCUCCGACAUUCCCGCUCUGGCCGACCUCCUCUACACCUCCAAACUAUCUCUCACCAUCAACCGUCUUCUCUUCAAAGAAUGGCCCAACGAAGCUAUCCAACGACAAAACUACUUCCGCGCUGUAGACAGCAUCGACAAAUCCGAACCUGAGUCGCUGACUGUAGUCGACAAAGCCUCCGGGGAAAUUAUCGGCCACCUUGCCUUCAAUCGACGACUGCCGGUACAGAAACUAGAAGAACCAAAGCCUGAAACGGGCAAGCAGGACCUCCCGGACUUCUUCAAUCCCGAGGUUGUCACAGCCGUGCUGAGUGCAGUCGCGGAGCUUAAGCAAGACACAAAGUCCAUCGAUCAUUAUGAACUGACAUACAUCAUUGUCAAGCCGGGAUAUCGCCAUCGUGGUAUAGGAAGGGAUCUGAUAAAGUAUGUUUUCGAUAAGGCGAAAUCUGCGGCAGUGCCUAUUAUUGUUAAUGCAGAGCCGCAAACGUAUGACUUUUUCAAGAAGUAUAGGUUUGAGGAUACGAAGCAUGUGGAUUUUGAGCUGGACAAGUGGGCUCCACCGUACUCGGGUUUUGGGGUGUUCAGGCUGGCUGGAAUGGCUUGGCAUCCUUGAGUAUGGCCUCUAUGGGAGCAUCAUCUUAGUAGGCUUUAUAGUAAUCAUGCUUAUAAAAGUGAGCGCAAGGUGUUUGAAUACUCAGAGAAUUGUGCACGUCAAGGGUAAGGUGGCCUAUGGGGCUUGACUCAGUGAAUAUAUUAUUUUGUCGCAUCGCGAUCCACUUGAUUAUAUUAUUGCCCAGUCCUUUGGAUGCCAGGGCUAUAGGUAAAGACCACUAGUGGCCGUUUUAAA